UGUAAACAUUAACCCAGUGCUAUUAUCCUCAACAGGUUGGAUCGUUAUAACGGCCACUUAGUAUAAUUACUGUUUCCUCACUGUCGUCCGGCUACUGGUCUAUUUAUAAUAGCUGAGUACUACCACUUUUUACCGGGGGGAGUGUACAGCUUAACUAUACAAGAGGAAACUAUUUCUGUUUCAUAUAGAUACGGCAUAGAUUUGAGGCUACAUCUCUGGAGCAGUAUGGGACUCACCAGUCCAGGGAUCGCCAAUUUCUAGUUGAAAGAAUUUGUCCACAUCUACAAGUAUUCGAACAAACGUUUUGAUUUGAAACCGCAAUCCUUGCUUUUGUCGCCGAACGCCGUAGCAUUGUAAUCAGGCGUCUCUAAUAAGUUAUAAGAAAAAGUAAAUAAUAGAAGAGCCGAGGAAACUUAUGAAGGUUGAAUAGUUUUGUGAAGUUUCUCAAUUAGAAAGUUGAAGAAGGAAGGGAAAUACUUUUGCAAAAGCUGGCUUAAUCCAGACAUGAACCACAAAAUUAAUAGAUAUCAAGAAAAAAAUCACUGCAGGCAGAAAUUUUUGGUUAGCAUUAUUUCCAUGGAGUAUAUCAACGACCCUUCUUACCUCAAGAUCGAGUCCGUCCGUCUCGACACAUUCCAUACUUGGCCACUGAAUGGAGCUGUUUCUAGGGAGGAGGUGGCUCGACAAGGUUUUUAUUAUACAGGACACAAAGACGCAGUCGCCUGUGUAUUUUGUAGAGGACAUUUAGAAAAAUGGGUUCAAACCGACGUGGUGUCCACGGAACACAGCAAGUGGUUUCCAGAUUGUCCGUUUGUGCAAGGCAGAGAAUGUGGUAAUGUUCCAAGACAGAAUACUAACCCGAAGAUCCCAGCCUACACCUUUUUUUACGACCGUUUGGACAGUUUCUCUAAUACUUGGUCGAAAGACGACAACAUUUCUGCAGAUAAAAUGGCAAGCGCUGGCUUCUUCUACAUAGGUCCUUCUGAUCGUGUCCAGUGUUUCAAUUGUGGAUUGAAACUUGACCAAUGGGAAGCUACUGACAAUGCUUGGGAUGAACACAAGAAAUAUAAACGGGAUCAGUGUUCCUUUGUUAAGGAAAGACACAAUUGCUAUUUGUCUCGUCAGUUGUUUACCGAAUGUAGUCUGUUAAACCAGGACCCUUAUCAUCCUUCAAGACGUCCUGGAGAUCGUGUAUCGAAACUGCCCCGUGAAGAAUCACAGCCAUAUCUCUCUGACUUGCCGAGCAAAGAAAUAUUAAAACAUUAUUCACCCCUUACAGAAUUACAUCCAAGUUCCUCAUCCAACAAAUCCUCUUCUAACCAAUAUGAAUCCCUGCAACAACCCUCUUUGAACCUAUCACCAACUUAUAUGGUACCUACGACUUCAACACAGGAGAAUCUGUCUAAAUCCACAGAAACUGUAGCAGCAGCAGCCAUUGCCAAAGAACUGGUACCUCUGGCGCCUGCCAAAUCCCAAGCAUCGUUGGCUCCCACCAUUGGAACUUCGUUUCUUUCUGCAAUUAGCAGUGGCCAAGAAUCAGUGAGUUCUUCAAAGUCUGCAACUGCUCUGGAAAUUGAAAGUCUCCGUCAACAAUUAGCUAAAUUGGAAAAUGAAGUUUACUGCAAAAUUUGUUUUGAAAAUCAUAUUGAAAUAGUGUUCAAACCUUGCAAACACAUGGUGUGUUGCAUAGAAUGUAGCAAGUCCCAGCAACACUGUCCUAUCUGCCGAACUGAAAUAAAUGAGAAAGAGAGAAUAUAUCGGCCAUGAGCCCAAACCAGUAAUGUUCCUUAUAACUUAUUCCUUGUGAAAUAUUAACCUUCUACAUUUCUUCGUUGUUUGGAUUUAAAAAACAAUUACACUUUUUCUCAUUCUGCCUGUGUCAACUUAGUAAAUGAUAUCAAAUGAAAAAUAGAA